AUGUGGGCGGCCGGCGCCUGCUGCUCGCGCCAGCCAGGCGAGGGCGGCGCCGCGGCCACGCGCGCGCCCAACAAGACCUUCCAGGCGUACCUGCCGCCGGCGCACCGCACCUACAGCUGCAUACACUGCCGCGCGCACCUGGCCAGCCAUGACGAGCUCAUUUCCAAGUCGUUCCAGGGCAGCCAGGGGCGCGCGUAUCUUUUCAAUUCAGUAGUGAACGUGGGCUGCGGGCCGGCGGAGGAGCGGGUCUUGUUGACGGGCCUGCACGCGGUCGCAGAUAUCUACUGUGAAUGCUGCAAAACAAUGCUCGGCUGGAAAUAUGAGCACGCUUUCGAGUCGAGUCAAAAAUACAAAGAGGGCAAGUUCAUAAUAGAACUGGCUCACAUGGUGAAAGAGAACGGGUGGGAUUAA